AUGAACGUUUUACAGGGUGGUCCAAAGCCAAAGGAACUGCCGCAGGUACUGCCAACAGUAGAAUUCAAAACAACGCCAUCUGGAGGAAAAUACAAGAAAAUUGACUAUGAGGUCAUUGAUGCCAGCAAAUCCAUGAGUAGUGACGAAAGAGAGGAGGAAAGCUAUCGCAGUGUAAGCAUAAAGAACACUUUUGCUCCAAAGUUUACGUGA